ACCCCACCGCUCUUCCACUUUGCCCUCACGGUUCGCCCAAACAGGGUAUCCCCUUAUCCUCCUUCGUCCCAGCCCCCAAUCCCUAGCCCCUCCUUUCCACCGUCCGUACCGCCGCCAGCGACCAGAAGCGCUCAAGGACCUCGGCAAUCUCCUGAUCCGGUGGGAAAUCGUCAACGAGCCAGACCAGAUCCACCGGAGCAAUCAAGAUGGAUAAUUCUCAACAACAAUAUCUAUAUUACUGUAUGUGGAAGCAACGCACACUACUUGUCCUUUUUGUAAUGUUGGUCCUUUGGUGGAGCAAGAAAAAAGAGAGGAAGAAUAGAGCUAAACGUGUCAAGUAUGGUCCACUUGUCAAGAGAGAUAUUUGGAGGAGUACUGAACUAAUUAGACUGAUCGACACCUCGGAAAGGACGUGUUUGCGCCAGCUCAGGAUGUAUCCGGCCGUUUUCUACAAGCUGUGUGCUCACCUUAGGGACAAAAAGCUUUUGGCUGACACAAUUCAUGUGUCCGUAGAGGAGCAGCUAGCUAUGUUUCUGAAAAUUGUUGGGCAAUAUCACACUCAUUCCUCUGUAGGAUUUGCAUUGUGGCGAUCUGAAGAGACAGUGAGUAGGUAUUUUAACAUCGUCCUAUGUGCCCUUGUGAAGUUAGCCCGUGAAAUAAUCUGCACUCGGUCUACAGAUACACAUGCUAAGAUCACUACCAACCCAAACAAAUUUUAUCCCUACUUUGAGGGAUGUAUAGGGGCACUAGAUGGCACCCAUAUUAGGGCACGUGUGCCUUCAAAAUAUGUGGACAGGUUUAGGGGCCGCAAGCCAUAUCCCACACAGAAUGUCCUAGCUGCCGUGGAUUUCGAUCUUAGAUUCACGUAUGUUCUAGCAGGGUGGGAGGGAUCUGCUCAUGAUUCUGCUGUAUUGCAUGAUGCCCUAUCUCGACCAAACGGUCUCAAAAUUCCAGAAGAAUGGGUGAGCAAAAAGAAGGUGCCAAGCGUGAGGUUGCUCGCUCUCGUGAUAAUUACAUGUCAUGGAGUGAUGAUUGUACCAAGUAUAUGCUUGAGUGGUAUAUCGAGAAGCAAAGGGACAAGCCACCAACCUUCAAGUGGAAGGCACAACACCAUCUACAAUGUGCUAAUGAUUUGAAUGACAAGUUUGGAAUUACAGCUACAGCGAAACAAGUUGAUCGACACUUUAGGUCAUUCAAGGAGAAAUGGAAGUGGAUAAAGCUAGCAAAGGGGAGGAGUGGAUAUGGCUUCGAUAAAGUACUUAACAAAUUUAACAUUGACAAGUCAGAGAAAUCACCAAGCAAGCUUGGCAAAAUAAAAUUUAACUACCUUACUCAUUCCAUCAAGUUUUAUCAUCUCUUGGAAGAACUGUUUAGUGACUCAUCUCAUGCGGAUGGCUCACUUGCUAUUGAUGUGAAUAAUGCAAGUGAGAAUGUGGAAUCUGAUGGUAGUAGUGAAACAAGCAGCCACACAUCCACUGCUGAACAAGGUCUUAGUGAUUCUGACAUGAUUGCACCCAACAGUCCAGCAGAAGGCACUAGCUCAAAUCUGAAGCGCAAGCAUGUUAAAGCACCACAUAAGAAGAAACCAAAGGUCAAGGCGCGUCGAGCCAGAGUGUUAGAUGAUGAUGUGGCAGCGAGCAUUGUGAGUCUUGCUGAAACUGUGAAAUCUGCCGCCCCUAUUCAGCCAAUAGCAGCUACAGACCCUAAUGCCAAUCUUUGGAAGCACAUUGAGUCGCUAACUCUCCCAGCAAAUGAGAAAAUUGAGUUAGCAACCUAUCUUGCUAAGCCAGAACAAGAAGUUUUCCGUGGUUUCCUGAAUUGUGCUAGCGACCAGACUUUUAAUGCUUGGGUCCUUGAUUAUUUCGCGCACAAGUACGACGGCAAAGAUCGCGCAACUGCUGAUCCAUCAAUCUGAAUGACAUGUUUGGUGGCUUUCUUUUGGCAAGUGCUUUUGUAGUCUACUUAGCUGCUUUCCAUGCACUUAUGCUAAGUGGAUUCCUGUGCUCUAAGGGUGUUUAGAGGGUCUUACCUUUUGUAAUGCAUUGCUGUAGCACAAAUCUGAAUUAAGCUAGUUUGUAAGAAAUUACUUGAUGGUGGAUGGCCUUGUGCAUGCUACGUUGCAAUAUUGCAGUGCUAUGAAGAUGCUUCUAAAUUAGUAAAUUAUGCCCAUGGUAUGACCUGGCGUGUAAAUUAUGUAUUGGCUUGCUUAGGUAACAAAUUACUUGUCGGGACGAGUUAUGCAUAUUUGGUAACAAACCAAUUGAUAGACACAUGUUUUUUUGCCAAAUAUUGGCG